AUGCCCAACGGAACCCAGGCGGUCACGUCCGCCCAUAUGGCCGCAGUCCAGGCUGGAAACCCGGCCAUGCACCCGGGCAAUAUCCCCCCUCACAUACAGCAACAGCUACAGGCGCAGGGCCACCAUUCACAGGCGCAGAACUUGCACCACCAGCAGCAGCAACAGCUGUUUGCCAUGCAGAUGGCUCAUCAAAACAGUGCUGCAGCCCAGGCUCAGGCCCAGGCUCAAGCUCAGGCUCAACAACAGAACGCACAACAGAGAACCACCCAGGCACAGGCAAUGCAUGAUUCCCAGGGUGGCACCCCACAUCCGCAACCACAGCACCAGCAACCUCCGGGCACAAGUGCCCCUUCCCAGCAGCCCGGCCAGCCGCUACCUCCCACAUCCCAGCCUGGCCAGCAACAGCAGCAGCAGCAGCCACAGCAGGGACAGACUCCGCAGCCUGCUCCGGGUCAGCAUGUACCUCAACCGCAACAGCUUGCCGGGCCGGAGGGCCAGAUGCGAAUGGCCCAGCAGCAGGCCAUGCAACAGAUGAUGAUGCCUCAGCGCAUGGCAAAUCCUAUGAAAAUGUCAUCGAUAUUCAGACUCUUCUCCUUUGCAGAGGUUCUCAGCGGCUAUUCCAAUCGCAAUCCGUCACCGGGAUUGCCAUAUUGGCAAACAUUCGUGGAACAGUUCUAUGCUCCCGGCGGUGUGCUGCGUCUAGUCGUUUUUAAUGCGCAGCGCGGAACUAAGCAGUUUGAAAUUGCCACACCUGCUCUCGCCCGGUAUUACUGGACCCAGUUUACCAGCGGGAUAAAGCAGAUCCAAAUGAUUGUUGAAAAUGUUUCAGAGAAGGAGCUUCCUACUGGUGGUCAGAUUGUAGAAAGUCAAAAGACGUCUUUUAUAUACUGGUUUGAAAACGGGUGUCAGCUCGUUUCCCACGGAACGCUGGUUGCCCAAUAUGGCCCUACCGGCAAGAUAGAACUUCUUGAUAUUGGCACAGGCGGCCACACUGAAUAUAUACCUCGUCACCAAUUGCAACCUCCUCCAUCCCCGGAGCAGAAACAAAGCCCGAGGGCCGGAAAGCCUUUGAACAAAAGGCAGAAAUUGUCCGCUACCCCCGCCAUGUCUUUACCUGAUUCCAUGGUCACAGACGACGGAGUCCCGGUAGCAGUCAUGAGCUUCUUAGAGGUUGCCGAAAUAAUAUCCCAAAUGCAGACCUUAUUCCAAUAUUCUUUACAACACCCUCACUUAUCCCCGCCAGACGCCCUCCACCAACUAGUCACUACAUUCCCUCACCAAAACCAAUCUUUCGGCAUGGCCCCAAUGCCACCCGGCCAGCAAGUAUCCGGCCAACGCACCCCAGGCCUCAACGGUACCACCCAGUUCGCCUCUCCCGCCGUAGCUCACUUGGGCAUCCCCGGCGUCCAAGGAUCCCCUCACAUCGGCGGACCAACACAUACACCUAGCCCUGCCCAAAACCCUAUUGCAGGUCCAGUAGCGAUGGCAGCCCAGCAAAGCCAACAAGGCACCAACACGAGCGGUAGCCAGGGAACAAGUGCAAACACGAGUCCGAACGUCACUAAUAAACGUCGCCGCGCGAGUACCGUGAAGACGGAGGGUGAUGAUAAUUCCUCUGCCAUGGACGUAAAUGGCGCUGGACAGGGCAAUGCCGGCAAGGUGAAAGCCAGUCCGAGGGUCGGCGGAAAGAGACAGAAAGGGACCAGCUGA